AUGCGAGCAUCCGCGCCAUCCCUCGCCAUCUCCGAAAAGCCAUACUACGAACCUCCAUCUGCCUCUUCGAACGAUCUCCUCACCGCUAUCAGCCUCGGCAUCGACGACGCCGACUCGCACGGCCUUCUCUCCAACCGCCUCGCCUCCUCUUCGACGACCCCAGCAGCCCACUUUCCCAUCUCCAACCUCCUCACUUUACCCAACUCCUUCGGCACCCUCUUCCUCGGUGAGACGUUCCGCACCUAUCUAUGCGUCCGCAAUGAAUCCUCCACCGCCGUUCGCGAGCCGAGCUUGCGAGUAGAGAUGCAAGUAGGUGCGUCCGAAGAGGCCGGUAGAUGGCAUCAACUGGCACACGUCAUUCUCCCAACUCCGACUAGAUACUCUCCGAAUCCAGAGGGAGAAGAUGAUCAGGGGACGCCGAGGUGGGAGCUCGACCCUGGCUCGGCGCUUGAAACCUCGCUUGGCUACGACAUCAAAGACCUCGGUCCACACGUCCUCGUCUGCACAGUAGGCUACAAGUCACCGCACACACAACCGGACGGUCAAGUGACUUGGGUGGAGCGAAACUUUCGAAAGUUUUACAAGUUCUCCGUCGACAGAUCGCCCAUCUCUGUGCGAACCAAAGUACAUCAACCGAGGUACGCCAGCUCACUGCAUCAUCCAGAGGGCAAGGUGAGGGACAGGGUGGAGUUGGAAGUGCAAGUUCAGAACGUCGGAGCGAGCGAGGCAGGGCUGGUGUUGAAUGGGUUGACGUUGAAACCCGCACCUGGGUGGGAGUGGGAGAGCGUGGAUCGACCGGAGGGGGAUGAGGGGAUGUGGAUACAGAGCGGGUCGAACGAGAUUUUGGCAGACGGUGAUGUUAGGCAGUACUUGUUCAGGCUGAUGCCGGAAAAGGAGGUGGUGUUGACGGAGGAGGUCUUGAAGGGCGGGAUCGACUUGGGUAUGAGCGCGGAAGGGCUGGUCAUGCGGGGUGAUCCAUUGGGGCAUUUGGAUAUCAGUUGGAGAAUGGCAUUGGGCGAGCCGGGGAGGUUGCAGACGAGCCAGCUUGUGAGACGCCGAGUUGUGUCACCGCCCGUCGUCGUUGAUUCGGGGACAGCGUCUCAGGGAACCUUCAGCCUCAAUCCGCGGCUGAAGACACGAUUGACGCUGCAGCCUCGAACACUCGAGAAGCUACGAGAGGUGAAACCUGGCGAUCUGAUGGAUCUAGAUCUCGAUGUGGCGGUUUGCGAUGUGUCGGGACUGCUGCUCCCACCUCUCCAGAAAGGACCAUCAAAGGAAGCAGUGCAAAAGACGCCAGAGCUUCAGCAACACCAGGAUGAUGAUGACGACGAUACCCCUCUUUCCGAGAUCGCUUCUUCCCCUCGAACUGCCAUCAAACGCAAUCCCAUGGACAGCACCACCUCCUCCACCGUCAACGCAAACCUACCUCCCCCAUCUUCGACUGAGACUGUUGUGAUCCGCCGCACGCUCCACCUUGCACUACAACACUGCUCCAUCGAUCCACCUCCCCCGCCGCGCACCACAUCGCAACCCGACACUUCUUCUAGCUCGACCACCACUGUCGCUGCUUCCGAGCAUCCCUCAACGCCGCGCAAGACACCCGUCCCUAGCCGAACGUCCACUCCGACCCAAAGCAGUAGCGGUGGAGUCUCGGCGCUGAACAAAGCUCGUCUGCAAGCCAACCUCAGCUCGUUGGUUCGCAACAGUUCGCUGUCGUCGUUGCGACCGCGUGCGUCGGUCGACGAGGAGGCAGGGGGGAACAAGAGCUCUAGCACUCCGCCUGCGCUGCCUCCGAAGAGUAGUGAUAUCGCGGGCGAGAACGUUGGGGUGCAGGUCUCGACAGAGAAGGAUCCCGCACCGGAGCGGAAGGUCCUCCCACCACCCCAUAUCUCCAGUACAACCGUCGCCCGCCUCUACAGAGCGUACCUCGAGACCCACAGUCAAGCGCUCAACCGUCCACCCCCCACCACCACCGUCAUCCCCGCAACCUUCCUCCCCAGUCCCACCACCACACCUCUCGGUUCAACCCUUCUCCCCCUCCCACCAGUUACGUUCGACAUCAGCGUCCUCUCCUCCGGAUCUACGCUUUACCGUUCCGAUCAGCGAGAUGGCGGGGAAACGCGUCUGCCUGUGAAACUGCGGUAUGCGAUUGACGAGGUGGAGUCGGACGACGGGGUGGUACGGUUCGGCGCUGUGAGGGUGGUGUUGUUGGCGUACAGCGAUGUGGUGGUGGAUGCGGAUGGGGUGGAAGGGGAAGCGGAUGGGGUGAGGGAGUGUAUGACGGUGAUCGAGGAAGUUCCGGUCAUCGCAGAGGCGGUGAUCUUGGCUCAUUAG